AGGUCGGACCUCUGGUCCGCUUCCUCCAGGACCUCCUCCAUCCCCCGGAGAGCUGGCGCUGACGUGUCGGUCGGGAACUUCUCAAACCGUCCUGGUGUCGCCCCGCCCCUUGCGCUCCUCCCGCCCCUUGCGCUCCGCCCGCCGCCCUGCCGGCCGCCUCCUCGGCGUCGCCGGCUCCCCCGAGGUGACGACAACAUGGCUGCGGCGGCCAGGCUGCUCUUCUGCCUGCUCCUGCUCUGGCCGCCCUGGCCGGGGCUGGGCCUGACGGACCUGGACACGGGCCGGCGCUUCUCGGAGCAUAAACUCUGCGCCGACGACGAAUGCAGCAUGUUAAUGGUCCGAGGUGAGGCUCUGCAAGAUUUUGCAGGCCCGGAUUGUCGUUUUGUGAAUUUUAAAAAAGAAGACCCUGUAUAUGUCUACUAUAAACUGGCAGGGGGAUCGCCUGAAGUUUGGGCAGGAAGUGUAAAUUACAAAAGGGAAACAACAGACCAAAAUGAUAGCGCGGAAGUACCGGAUUUCCUUGAUGAAGAAUGGGAAGCAGAAGAUGACGAUUACGCUCCUGAAGAACUACUGGAGGAUGAAAAUGCCGUAAGUGCAGGAGAGUCUAAAGAAGAAAGCCCUGUGAUUCAGGACAGGCAGUUUGAUGUUAAUGCGCAAGGCCCCGAAAGAGCCGUUUUAGGUGCCAUGGAUGCUGAUCCAGAAACCGAAGAAAACAAAGAAGAAACUGGUAGCCUUUUAAAAAUUGAAAGAAAAAAUGAAACUGUGGGCGAAAUAGACAGGAAACCUGGUCAUAUGGUGGUGGAAAAAGAAGAAGGCCCUCUGGUAGAUGAGAAAGCACAGCGGCCAUCUGAAGGCAGUGACUUUCCUGACAAGAAAAAAGAUGAGACUCCAGAGUUAGGUGAAGUGUUUGAGGAUAAAGAUCCUGAUUAUUUUAAAGAGGACAGCCCUGAGGAACACCUGAACACCUCAGGGCCCACUGAGAAGCCUGGGGGAGAAGAAGUCUCAAAAGAGGACCGUGAGGACUUAGAGAAAUUCAUGGACACAGAACGCCAGGGGUCUGCUUCUGGGGAACGCGAAGAUGACGUGUUCCACUGGCCUCCCCACUGGACCGCAAAGCCCAAGCAGAGUGACAAGAUGAAGGACGCGCCUAUAAUAAGCAGCUUCUUUAAAGAACCGCAGUGUUUGCAGCGGUUCCAGAAGUACUUUGACAUCCAUGAGCUGGAAGCCCUCUUCCAAGAAAUGUCACUAAAGCUGAAGGCAGCCCAGCAGGAGAGCCUGCCUUAUAAUGUGGAAAAAGUCCUAGAUAAGGUUUUCCGUGCAUCGGAGUCCAAAAUUCUGAGCAUAGCAGAGAAAAUGCUCGAUACUCGUGUGAUCAAAAAUGGAGAACUGGGAGUGAAGGAAAGUAACAUAUUUGAAGAGGCCGCGGUGCUAGAUGACGUUCAAGACCUAAUCUAUUUUGUCAGGUACACACACUCCAUAGCAGAGGAGACUGUGCCCCCGGCAGCAGCACGGCGUCCAGCGGAAGACUGGGAUAGACUGAUGGAAGACAUCCCCCCACCACGUGAAGAUGAUUUCUCACAAGAGGGCACAGAAGAUCUUAAAACAGAGAUUCCUGAAGAGCCCAGCUGCUUGGAUCAAUUGGAUCAACCCACGACUAGUGAUGUGGGUACCUCAGAAAUGUCACAGAAGCCAAAUACUGAGAAAGACAUACACCCAGGCAUAAUUACAACCAAGCGCACUCCUGUCAAUGCUGUUGAUCCUAGAAAGCAGCGAGAAACGAAGGCUGAAGAAGCGACGAGUGCCACACCUUGGGAAAAUGCAAUUCUUUUAAUAUAUUCAUUCAUGUUUUAUUUAACUAACAUGCUACUUGCUACAUUGCCUGAUGAUGUUCAGCCUGGACCCGAUUGUUAUGGUCUGUCACGGAAGCCUGUGCUUAUCACUGCCUCCUUAGGAAUUGUUUCAUUUGCCAUUUUCUUCUGGAGAACCAUCCUUGUAAAGAGUAGAAUGUACCAAGUCACUGAACAGCAAAUUGCUGAGAAGUUGAAGACUAUCACCGAAGAAAAUGCAGAACUUGUACAAAAUUAUGAACAGAAGAUCAAGGAAUCAAAGAAGCGUAUUCAAGAAACCAAGAGACAAAAUAUGAUUCUCUCAGAUGAAGCCAUUAAAUUUAAGGAUAAAAUCAAGAACCUCGAAGAAACUAAUAGAAUUCUGGAUGAGACAGCUGAAAAUCUGCAUGUUAUGUUAGAAUCGAGAGAAGAGAAUGCCAAAAAUCAGGACUUGAUAUCGGAAAGCAAGAAAUGUAUAGAGAAGUUAAAGGAUGUUAUUUCACUGAAUGCUUCAGAAUUUUCUGAGGUUCACAUUGCUCUUAAUGAAGCUAAACUCAGUGAAGAGAAAGUGAGGUCUGAAUGCCUUCGGGUUCAGGAAGAAAAUGCUAAACUUAAGAAGAAGAAAGAGCAGUUGCAGCAGGAAAUCAAAGACUGGAGUAAAUUGCAUGCUGAACUCAGUGAGCAAAUCCAGUCAUCUGAGAAGUCUCAGAAAGAUUUGGAAAUGGCUCUCACUCACAAAGAUGAUACGGUUGAUGCUUUGGUUAAUUGCAUGACACACUUGGAUCGGAUAGAUUGUGAAUCUGAACGGGGUCAAAAUAAAGGAGGAAAUGAGCUUUGGUUGAUAAAAUCAAGUGUUAUUCUUAGGUGGAGAAUUGAAGAAAUGGAGGAUCAAUUACAGAAAACCGAGCGCUCAUUUAAAAACCAGCUCGCUGUGCAUGAGAAGAGAGCGCAUGAUAACUGGCUCAAAGCUCGUGCUGCAGAAAGAGCUAUAGCUGAAGAGAAAGGAGAAUCUUCUAACUUGCGACACAAAUUAUUGGAAAUGACCCAAAAGAUGGCCAUGCUGCAGGAAGAACCUGUGAUUGUAAAACCAAUGCCAGGAAGACCCAACAUGCAAAAUGCUCCCCAGAGAGGUCCUCUGAGCCAGAAUGGCUCUUAUGGCCCGUCUCCUGUGAGUGGUGGAGAGUGAUCCCCUCCACUGACAGCAGACCCACCCGCGCAACCUCUCUCUGCCACGCUCGGUCGAAGAGAGAUGCCUAGAAGUGAAUUUGGGUCAAUGGACGGGCCUCUCCCUCGUCCUCGAUGGUCGUCUGAGGCAUCUGGAAAACCCUCUGCCCCUGAUGCAGGAUCUGGCACAGCUCCCACGAUGAACAGCGGCUCGAGAAGCUCUUCCCCUGCCAAGGUGACGGAGGAGGGCAAGCAAACUGUCCCCCAAGAGCCUGAAGGCCCUUCAGUUCCCAGCAUUACAUCUUUGGCUGAGCCUCCCGGAGCAGUGAAUAUGGCUACAAAAGGGCCCCCUCGUUUCCCAGGGGUGCCCUUCAUGGGCUCCCCUGUGGGAGGCCCUCUCCCACUGCCCAUUCGCUAUGGACCACCUCCUCAACUCUCCGGGCCUCCACCGCCGACUCAGUAUGGACCGCCGCCUCAACUGUCCGGGCCUCCACCGCCCAGUCAGUAUGGACCGCCGCCUCAACUGUCCGGGCCUCCACUGCCCAGGCAGUAUGGACCGCCUCCCCAGCUCUGCGGGCCCUUUGGACCUCAGCCACUUGGUCCACAAUUCGGUCCUGGUCCAUGCCCACCACUAGGCGUAAGAGAAUAUGCACCAGGUGUUCCACCUGGAAAAGGGGACCUGCCUGUCGACCCUCGAGAGUUUUUACCGGGACACGCACCUUUUACACCUCCAGGCAAUUUUGUCCCGAGAGAAUACUUUAUUCCUGGUGCCCGAUUACCACCCCCAACCCACGGCCCCCAGGAUUAUCCACCUUCUGCUGCAAGAGACUUACCACCUUCCGGCUCUCGAGAUGAGCCCCCGUCUGACUCACAGAGCAGUGGCAAGGACUCCUCAUCGGCCUUAAAACACAGCCCCUAAGGGACCUCUGACACUUCGUCCAAGAGAAGGUGAACCGUGCACUCUUGGGUUACAGUAAAGGAUUUUAUUGGCUUCAAAAUCCAAAAGUUUAUUUUCAAAGGUUUUAGAACUAAGCUGCCCUGGCAGUGUGCAUUUUUGAGCCAAUCAAUUAAAAAAUAUCAUUUUCCCCCCUAAAUAGAUACCACCUCGGAAUCUAGCACCUUCUUACAACUUUGAAAUGUGCAAUAAAGAAUACCUGUGUUUCAUUAAUGUA